AUGUUUGGAGAACAGUAGCUAUUAAGCCCUGUCAAGAGAUAAUUAUUAAUGCAACGAAUUAUAAACAAUAUGAAUGAGAUCUCAAAGCCAGUGUCUACUUCACCUGUCAAAAGGAGAAUACGCAUUUAAUCAAAUCGUAUUGAUUAUAGGAAGAAUUUGAGUAUGGUGGAAAAUGAUUCCAAUAGGCAUAUUACUGAGCCUAAUAACACAGAAAUAAAGAAAUUAUUUCACAUAAAAGCCAAUCGUAAGAUGUCUUAAGAUCAGAUGCAUCCUAAAUCUCCCCCAAUGUUGCCAUCACUAUUUGAAAUCACCUUUUAAAAUCCCUUUUUUGGCCAAUUUUCCUAAAGAAAAGCAUAAUAUUAAAGACCUACAGAAUUUUAAGCCAUAGUAUACAAAAGAAAAUCAUGACUAAUUUAAUUAAUUAU